AUGGCCGCAUAUGUUCCAGGCCGUGAUGUGCCUUAUGACGCAUCCAUUGCUCUCGGUCUAUCUGGCAUUCAAGCUCUCAGUGCUGACGAAUCGAACUACGUAGAGACUCGUAGAUCCGCUUUCGCUCCCUCUGCCUACAGCGACUAUCUCUCUAAUGUUCAAAGCACGCUUUCUUCCAACGUUACCCUUCCACACUACGUCACUUCUAUUCUCUCAUCGACCAACGUUUCUGCACUUCCGCGUCUUGGAAUAGCGGCUUCUGGUGGAGGCUAUCGUGCAACCAUUGCGGGCGCUGGCGAGCUGAACGCACUGGACGGUAGAAACGCGACAUCUGCUGAGGUCGGUACUGGUGGGUUGCUUCAGGCAGCGGAUUAUCUGGCAGGAUUGAGCGGCGGUAGUUGGCUGGUCACGAGUUUGUCUCAAGCAGGGUUCCCGACGAUCAGAGAGCUUGCUUUUGGUAUUGGGGAAUGGGGAGGAUGGAACGCGUUGUUUGAUAUUCUUGAGCCCGCAGACAAUACCAGUUCCACAUCUCAGUUCUUGCCGGGCGGUGUGAACGCUACAGAGGCAAACGAGAUCGUUGUCGAACGAAUUAUCGAUCUUAUGAGUAUCAAGUUUGGUGCAGGCUUUCCGGUUAGCUUCGCAGACUACUGGGCGUUCUCCCUCGCUUAUCACUUUGUGAACGGCACUACACCCAUGAACUUCUUCGAUACCUCUCUCCCUCAUGGUACCGAGCUUACAUUCUCUAGUCUCAUGAACAUAUCAAGCCUUCGAUCCUUCUCACAACCAUUCCCAAUAAUUACCAUGCUCACCGAAUCACCUAACGAAAACACCUCCAACAUCGAAGCCGAGGAACUCAUCCCCCUCACAAAUACGCAAUACGAGCUCACACCCUUCGAAUUUGGCUCAUUCGACACUGCGCUCUCCGCGUUUCUACCCACUCAUCUCUUCGGAACGCGCUUCGCCUCCGGCAUCCCUACCAACGCGUCACUCUGCGCACAGGAUUUCGACACUGCGGCCUUUGCGUUCGGCAUUUCGUCAAAUAUUUUCCCACAAGAUAAUGUUACCAGCGAUAUUUUCUUUGAAGCUCUGGGCACGCUGGCUACAGCGGUGAAUGAGACAUUCUUCGAGGACGGGAAGCAGGUCGGGUUGCAGGUGGACACUGCGAAUGUCCCGAAUCCGUUCACGGGCAUGGGUAACGGCAAUUAUUUGGAUGUGAAUGAGACGAUUCUACGAAUGACGGACGGAGGAAUCAAUGGUGAGAUUACUCCUUAUGCACCCCUGAUUACACCGGCUCGUGCACUCGACAUUAUAAUUGGUCUCGAUAACGAAGCUGACACGUCCGAGAACUAUGCUGCUGGCUUGUCGCUUUCUUCCACCUUCAACCGGAGUCUUCUCGUUCCAAACUAUCGCUUCCCCACCAUCCCGUCUCCAGAGACUUUCGUGGAGGAAGGCCUUGACCUGCACACGACAUUCUUUGGGUGUAAUGAUACGAUUGUGCCACUGAUCGUCUGGGUACCGAAUUCGCCUCCGGUAGAUGGUUCGACCGGAGUUACGAAUACCACAACCGCUCAGCUACAGUAUAACUCCACGCAAAUAGAAUCGAUGCUGGAAGGUGCUUCCGAGCUCAUCUACCGCGGCUUCCCACCUAAUGGAAUGGCUCGUGAUCCUGCUUUCCCGGCUUGUUUGGCUUGUGCGGUAGUCGAUCGGGCAAGGGACAGGAUGGGCGUGGGAAGGGAUGGGGUGUGUGGCGAGUGUUUUGCCAGGUAUUGCUGGUUCCCUGGAAAAUGUACGCAUCCUUCUGCUUUAACGGGCGUUACUUCACUACAAAUCAUUUGA